AUGAGUAAUUAUCAAUACAGAUCGCCGUUAAACGAUGCCAUUUGUACUCCAGAUAAAAAGCCUAAUUGCCCAUGGAAUCCGAAAAUCGAUCGGUCCAAAUCAAUUCACACCAAACAAGAUUGGAGAAAAACCAAUGCGAAAAUACUUCCAGACAUUUUGGCCGCGGUCGGAAACACUCCGCUAGUAAAGCUCAAUAAAAUCCCCCAAAAGGAAGGCUUGAAAUGUGACGUAUUCGUAAAAUGCGAGUAUUUCAAUCCCGGAGGUUCGGUGAAGGAUCGAAUGGCGUUGAGGAUAUUAGAAGACGCCGAAAAAUCUGGAAUUCUGAAACCAGGAGGUACUAUUAUCGAGCCUUCUUCUGGAAACACUGGAAUCGGUUUGGCUCUGGCUUCUGCAAUCAAAGGAUAUCGGUGUAUUAUUUGCAUAUCGGAAAAAAUUUCGAAGGAAAAGGAGUACGUUAUGAAUGCCUUAGGUGCUGAAGUAAUUCGAUGCUCGGUAUCGGCCAGUUCGUAUUCUCCUGAAGGAUUAUUCGGGACGGUCCAUCGUUUGAGCAAGGAAAUACCCGGUGCUGUUAUUUUCGAUCAGUUCUCUAAUCCCGGGAAUCCUUUGACACAUUACGACACAACUGCAGAAGAAAUUUUCGAUCAAUGCGAUGGAAAAGUUGACAUGAUUGUUAUGGGAGCCGGUACCGGCGGUACCGUAACGGGCGUCGGCAGGAGGUUCAAGGAAAUCUCGCCUCAAACGAAGAUCAUUUGCGCCGACCCGAUCGGGUCCUCCUUCGCCCUGCCAGAAAGCAUCAAUAAAACCGACGUCACCUUUUGGGAAAUAGAAGGAAUGGGCUACGAAUUCAUCCCGACUGUUCUGGAUCGAAACGUCAUCGACCAGUGGAUUAAAGUAGGUGACAAAGAUGCUCUGCCGAUGGCCAGGAGGCUGAUCAAGGACGAAGGAUUGCUGAUAGGUGCCAGUAGUGGGGCUAUGAUGUGGGCUACAAUUCAAGCUGCGAAGGACUUGAAAAAGGGCCAAAGGGUAGUGGUGGUACUGCCAGAUAGUAUCAGGAACUACUUAACUAAGUUCGCUUGCGAUCAAUGGAUGGAGGAGAGAGGGCUUAAGCCAGCAGUUAAUGUUAAUAAUCAUUCUUGGUGGGACCAAAACGUAUCUGCUCUGGAAAUAUCCGUCCCACAAACGCUCCCGCCGAACUCCUCUUACGAGAAAGCAUUUGACGCGAUGAAAAAAUUGAAAGUGGAUCAAUUACCCGUUCUAGGGGAGAAUGGUGGGGUAGACGGCGUUGUCAGUAUGCAAAUCAUCGUGAACAAACUGGUUUCGAGGAAAGCUAAAUUAUCGGAUAAAGUUACCGAUUCUCUGGAUAGACUAUUUCCAAGAGUCGAGAAAACAGCAAACGUGGGAUUAGUGGCUCGAAUUCUGGAAAGAGAACAUUAUGUAAUCGUUGUGGAUACUCAAGGAAGUGGACCAUCUAAGGUACUCAAACCCAUGGGCCUAAUUACUCCAACAGAUCUUGUUCAAUUUAUUCAAAAAAGUGGUUAA